CAUCGAGCUCCCCCCACCCCGCCCCUUCCCUUUGGUACCAUAUAGCGUGUGGGAGCGCUCGCUGGGCGAUGGGGUGACGGCCGGCUGUCUGGUCCACCCGGCUCUCGGCGGGCGGCGCGCGCGGGGUUCUCACGGAGCGCCCGGGGGCGGGGGUCCCGGGGGAGGCCGGGCAGCUCUAAUUGGUUUCUCAAUGAAAGAUAAUCACCUAUUCCCCCGAGAGCCUGGGGAUUAGCGCUCGGCCUCGCCUCCGCUCCGCGCUCAGACGUCCCGUCCCUGCCCUGGGCGCUCGCUCCCCGGCCGCUCGGCGCUAGGGGCUCGCAGCCCGCCCGGCUCCGGGGUCCGCGCCCGCCGCGCUCGCCCCCCGCGCCCGCCCGCCCGCCGCCCCGGCCCGCGCAAACUUGGGCGGAGGGGCUCGGCGGGAAGAUGAGCGAGCUGCAGGAGGACUUCGCCCAGAUCCUCAUGCUCAAGGAGGAGCGCAUCAGGGAGCUGGAGAAGCGGCUGUCGGAGAAGGAGGAGGAGAUCCAGGAGCUGAGGCGGAAGCUGCACAAGUGCCAGUCGGUGCUGCCCGCGCCCUCGCCGCACAUCGGGCCGCGCACCACCCGGGCGCAGGGCAUCUCGGCCGAGCCGCAGACCUACCGCUCCUUCCACGACCUGCGGCAGGCGUUCCGCAAGUUCACCAAGUCCGAGAGGUCCAAGGAUCUCAUCAAGGAAGCUAUCCUUGACAAUGACUUUAUGAAGAACUUGGAGCUGUCGCAGAUCCAGGAGAUUGUGGAUUGUAUGUACCCAGUGGAAUAUGGCAAAGACAGCUGCAUCAUCAAAGAAGGAGACGUGGGGUCACUGGUGUAUGUCAUGGAAGAUGGUAAGGUGGAAGUCACCAAAGAAGGUGUGAAGCUGUGCACCAUGGGUCCAGGAAAGGUGUUCGGAGAGCUGGCAAUUCUUUACAACUGUACCCGGACAGCUACCGUCAAGACUCUUGUGAAUGUGAAACUCUGGGCCAUCGAUCGACAAUGUUUUCAAACAAUCAUGAUGAGGACAGGACUCAUCAAACACACCGAGUAUAUGGAAUUUUUAAAAAGUGUCCCAACGUUCCAGAGCCUUCCUGAAGAGAUCCUCAGUAAGCUUGCCGAUGUCCUCGAAGAGACCCACUAUGAGAAUGGGGAGUAUAUCAUCAGGCAAGGUGCCAGAGGGGACACGUUCUUUAUCAUCAGCAAAGGCACGGUAAAUGUCACUCGGGAAGACUCACCAAGUGAAGACCCGGUCUUUCUUAGAACUUUAGGGAAAGGAGACUGGUUUGGAGAGAAGGCAUUGCAAGGGGAGGAUGUGAGGACAGCCAACGUAAUCGCUGCAGAGGCUGUGACCUGCCUGGUCAUCGACAGAGACUCUUUCAAGCAUUUGAUUGGAGGACUGGAUGACGUGUCUAAUAAAGCCUAUGAGGACGCAGAAGCUAAAGCAAAAUACGAAGCCGAAGCCGCUUUCUUCGCCAACCUGAAGCUGUCUGACUUCAACAUCAUCGACACCCUUGGAGUCGGGGGCUUCGGACGAGUGGAGCUGGUCCAGCUGAAAAGCGAGGAGUCCAAGACGUUUGCCAUGAAGAUUCUCAAGAAACGCCACAUCGUGGACACCAGACAACAGGAGCACAUUCGCUCGGAGAAGCAGAUCAUGCAGGGGGCUCAUUCCGACUUCAUAGUGAGACUGUACAGGACGUUCAAGGACAGCAAAUAUUUGUAUAUGUUGAUGGAAGUGUGCCUAGGUGGAGAGCUCUGGACCAUUCUCAGGGAUAGAGGUUCGUUUGAAGAUUCUACGACCAGAUUCUACACCGCGUGUGUGGUGGAAGCCUUCGCCUAUCUGCAUUCCAAAGGAAUCAUUUACAGGGACCUCAAGCCAGAAAAUCUCAUCCUGGAUCACCGAGGCUACACCAAACUGGUUGAUUUUGGCUUUGCAAAGAAAAUAGGAUUUGGAAAGAAAACAUGGACUUUUUGUGGGACUCCAGAGUACGUGGCUCCAGAGAUCAUCCUGAACAAAGGCCAUGACAUUUCAGCCGACUACUGGUCACUGGGAAUCCUAAUGUAUGAACUUCUGACUGGCAGCCCGCCAUUCUCAGGCCCAGACCCUAUGAAAACCUAUAACAUCAUACUGAGGGGGAUUGACAUGAUAGAAUUUCCAAAGAAGAUUGUCAAAAAUGCUGCUAAUUUAAUUAAAAAACUAUGCAGGGAUAACCCAUCGGAAAGACUAGGGAAUUUGAAAAAUGGCGUCAAAGACAUUCAAAAGCACAAAUGGUUUGAGGGCUUUAACUGGGAAGGCUUAAGAAAAGGCACCUUGACACCUCCUAUAAUACCAAGCGUUGCAUCACCCACAGACACAAGCAAUUUUGACAGUUUCCCUGAGGACAGUGAUGAACCACCACCUGACGACAACUCGGGCUGGGACAUAGACUUCUAAUGUAUUUCUCUUACCUGCUUCUGCCUUGCUGAAGUCAGCUUUCUCUGAGACACGGCUGACAGCAAACCUGAGGGACGGAGAGAAGAUCAGUGCUCGGGGUCACCAUGAUGCCUUUGAUCGAUGCUGCUCCAGUAACUACAGUGGCAUGAGGACUUCUUGCUUAGACGACAGUAGUGCUCUUUACAUGUUUUCUGUUUGAUCCUAAAAAUAGCAGUUGACAUGGUGGUCCUGAAGCAAAGCCCUUCGCCAGUAAAGAGAGGUUUCCUGUCGUUGCAAUGA